CACACACACAAGAUUGAGAAACAGAGAAAAGAAAAGAAAAAGAGUUAUGGCUUAUGCUGCUAUUACUUCUCUUAUGAGAACCAUACAUCAAUCAAUGCAACUUACUGGGUAUAAUUUGCAAUCUUUUUAUGAGAGGUUUGAAUCUUUGAGAUCUAUUUUGGAGAAAAACUGUCUAAUAACCGGCCAUUUAGAGGCGUUGACAAGCUUGGAAGGUGAAAUCACAGAGCUAGUAUGUAGCACAGAAGAUUUGGUUGACUCAGAAUCAAGAAAAGUUUUCUUAGCAGAAAACGAAAUCACGCGAAAAAUAGAAUUUUGGGAACUUCGUUUCGUAUUGAAACAGGCAUUAUUGCAUAUUGAUUCCGCUAUAAACAAGUGGUUGGAAACUAGGUUGGACAUGGAAGAUGUGAAACUACAAAUACUGACCCUACCAAGUGCAUCUCAAUAUGCAUUUGAGCCUGAUGAGGAGAAUAUGAUGGUUGGCCAUGAAAAUGAAUUUGAAAUGAUGCAGGAUCAACUUGCUCGAGGAACGAGGGAACUACAAGUUGUGUCAAUUGUAGGUAUUGGAGGUAUAGGAAAGACAACUCUGGCUAACAAGAUUUAUAAUGAUCCGUUCAUUAUGUCUCGUUUUGACAUUCGUGCAAAAGCUAUUGUUUCACAAGGGUAUUGCGCGAGAGUUGUACUCAUAGGCCUUCUUUCUUGUAUAAUUGGGAAGACCGAUGAAUUUCAUGAGCAGCACGAUGAUGGGGAACUAGCAGACCGACUGCAAAAGCUUCUAAAAGGCAGGAGGUACUUGGUAGUCAUCGAUGAUAUAUGGACUAAAGGAGCUUGGGAUGAUAUAAAACUAUGUCUCUCAGAAUCUAAUUGUGGAAGUCGAAUACUCCUGACUACUCGGGAUAUGAAGGUGGCUGAAUAUGCUAACUUAGGUAAUCCUCCUUAUCGAAUGCGCUUCAUGAAUUUUGAUGAAAGUUGGAGUUUAUUGUGUGAAAAGGUCUUUGCAAAAGCCUUUUUUCCCUCUGAAUUUGAACAACUUGGGAAACAAAUUGCUCUAGAAUGCAAAGGAUUGCCUCUAGCAAUUGUUGUAAUUGCUGGACUUCUUUCCAAAAUAGGAAAAACAUUGAAUGAGUGGAAAGGUGUAGCAGAAAAUGUAAGUUCAAUGGUAAGCACAAAUCUUGAUGAUCAUUGCUCAAGAGUGCUAGCUUUGAGUUACCAUCACUUGCCACAACACUUAAAAUCAUGCUUUCUAUAUUUUGCAAUCUUCCCGGAGGAUGAAGUGAUUUUUGUUGAUAAAUUAAUGGAAUUAUGGGUUGUAGAAGGAUUUUUGAAGGUAGAAGAGACGAAAAGCAUUAAAGAAAUGGCGGAGAAAUAUCUGAAAGAUCUUAUAGAUAGAAGUUUAGUUUUCGUGCACCAUUUGAGUUUUGAUGGAAAACUCAAGAGUUGUAGAAUUCAUGAUGUAAUCCGUGAAUUCUGCUUGAAAGAAGCUCGAAACUUGAAUUUUUUGAAUGAUAAUGGAGGAAAGAAUGAAUAUCAAACUACUCCAUAUGCACAAUCCAUGCAUAUCGCCUCUAAGAGACGUGGUCGGAUCAGUAUUCAAAAUGGAGAAGAGUUAGCUAGGUGUGGUAAUAGUAGUGAGGCCUGCGCUAUUUUCCUUUUUUAUAGAUAUCGAGGGUUCAAGCCAGAGUUAUCGCGUUUCAAGCUAGUAAGAGUACUAGAUCUUGCUUUAUUGAGGUGUUUUAGUUUUCCUAGUUGGAUACUUGAUCUAAUUCACUUGAGAUAUCUAGCUUUGACUCUUUCCCCAGGCUUGCAAAGCCGUCUAGGAGAAGAUAUACCUUCAUCACUAGACAUUCCUCUAUCGAUAUCUAGCCUACAUUAUCUGCAAACUUUUAUACUUAAGGUUUCACAUCACGAGAUCUCGCGAUAUCCUUUCAUAUUACCAUCAGAUAUUUUGACAAUACCGCAAUUGAGUCACCUCUGUCUGGACUGGAAUUACUUGCGUUAUCACGAGCAUAAAGAGAAAAGUUUGGUUCUGAAAAAUUUGCUUAGUCUAUUUGGAUGGAAUCCGUUAUUCUGUACUUGGUCCGUCUUUAGACUACUUCCCAACUUAAAGAAGUUGCAAAUAUGUGGCAUCAGAGAAGACUUUCGUAGGAGCAAGGACAUUCUCUAUUUCCGCUACUUAGAUCAGCUUGAGGAAUUGGAAUUUCGUAUUGCUGGUCCACGAGAUCUUCCUCCUGAAGAUGAUUUUCCACCUUUGCUCCUACCUUCUCCGGGUGCUUUUCCAGAAAACCUUAAGAAUUUAGCCUUAAGUGGGACUUGUUUGUUGUUGGAGGAUUUGAGCAUCAUUGCUAAAUUGCCCAAACUCGAGGCCCUCAAGCUAGAAUAUGAUGCUUGUGUAGGCAUGGAGUGGGAGGUAGUUAAGGAAGGAUUUCCUUGCUUGAAAUACUUGCUACUCAAACGUUUGAGCAUAUGGUACUGGAGAGCCGAUAGUACUCACUUCCCAUGCCUUGAACGAUUGUUCGUCAAGGCUUGCUGGUACUUGGAUUCAAUACCUCAAGAUUUUGCACAAAUAACCACACUUGAGCUAAUUGAUAUAAGAGGAUGUGCACAAUCUGUAGGGAAUUCCGCGAAGCAAAUUCAACAUGACAUUGAAGAUUACUAUGCAAGUUCUGUUGAGGUUUGUAUCAGUUAGGCCUGUAUGACAACAGAAUUUACGAAGAAGAGGAAUGAUAGUCUGCAACAGGUGUAUCCUCUGUGAACAAGGCUAUAAAGAUGCAAAAUACUAUUCAUACAUUGCAAGUUUACAGCUCAGAUUUGUUACAUGUUUCUGAAUUAUUUGAACUAAAAUGGUGCAUGUCGGAAACUUGGAAACAACUGCUGCUGAGUUGGAAAAAGGUAGGACUUCAAAUAACUCCAGGACAAUUUGGAACACUAGGACAAGCAAUUGUUUAGUAGAUGGUUUUGAAAGAGCAGAAACAAGGACACGAAGGCGAAACAGAGAAUAUUUGUAAUUUAAAAUGUACUGGAACCUGAGAGAAUGAUAAGUUUACUCACUUCAUUCCAACAAACUGAUUUUUUAUUUUUGGUAACUGCACAUCACACCUAGGUGAUUUUUUUUGUACCCUUAAAAAAAAUAAAGGCUUAGGUGCUUAGGUCAAGUAUUUAUCAAAAACAAUAUGCCAAUUACUCAUAA